UCCUCCCCUAGCAACCGGGCAAACUUCUUUGAGGCUGAAACGAGACGGAGGUUAGAGCUCCGGAAGUUCAUUCCAGAUGUAACACCAGCUGUGGAUGUAAAGCCUGAGGAGAUCUGAGCAUCAGUUGUCUGCUCUAUCUACAAUCAAGUCCAUAACAGGUCACAGGGUAACUAAGAUUGGAAGAUGAUUCGGUUAUAUGAUACUAUAGAGCCAAAUGUGAUUGAUGAAGAGUUGCUUAAAUUGGCUGUGGAAGAACAGGGGCCUCAAGAAGCAGCAGGACAAGUAGCCAAACAGGAGGGCAUUAAUUUCAAAGAUGUCAGAAGUCUGCAGCUAGAUUUUCAAAACAUCCUCAGGAUUGACAAUCUAUGGCAGUUUGUGAGUCUGACAAAAUUACAGCUAGAUAAUAACAUCAUUGAGAAGAUAGAUGGAUUAGAAAGUCUAGUUAACCUGGUCUGGCUUGAUUUAUCUUUCAACAACAUUGAGUCAAUUGAGGGCUUAGACACUCUAGUUAACUUAGAAGAUCUGAGCUUAUUCAGCAAUCGAAUUGCCAAGAUGGAUGCUAUGGACUCAUUAGUAAAGCUACAGGUCUUUUCCAUAGGGAACAACAUGCUUGAUAACCUCCUUAAUGUCAUCUAUUUGAGGAGAUUCAAGUUUUUACGUUCACUCAACCUUGCUGGAAAUCCCAUCUGUGAGGAAGAAGAUUAUAAGUUGUUUGUCACUGCCUACCUUCCUGAUCUAGUCUACCUGGACUUCAGGCUCAUUGAUGCACACACGAGAGAACUUGGUGGUACAAAAUAUCAGUACAGUAUUUAUGAACUGAAGCAUUGGGAGAAUCAGAUCCAGAGCAAACUUGAAGAGGAGCAGGCAAAUAUAGCAGAGCUGGAAAAACAUAAGGCUGCUUACGUUGAAUACCUGAAUGGUCCUUAUCUGUUUGACAGCCUUUAUUUAGAGGAUGUUGAGGCUGCCAAGCUAGCUUAUUUACCAGGAGUUCCAGAACUACUGGAGACAUACAAAACCAAAUUCAUUGCAGUUUGCCAGAGCCUGUUUGACUAUGGCUUGAUACAGCAAGAAAAGAGAAAAGCAGAAGUUGCCCUCUUCUAUGAAUGUCUUGAAGAGGCCCUUCAAGACAAUCGAGCACAAGGCUUGAAAACAAUCGAUGAUUUUGAAAAGAUACAUUCUGAGAUUUUGAAUACCAUUCGAAAUGCAAGUGAUCUGCAAGUUGUGGAUACUAAAAUGAAUGAAUGUACUGAAGAAAUCAAUCGGUUGUUUGAUGUACUCAUGACUUUAGAAAUGCAAUUGGUUGAACAGUUAGAGGAAUCUAUAAAUAGCUUUGAAAGGAACAUUACAGACAUAGUGGGAGUAUUUGUUGAAAAUGUACAAGGCCUGAUGGCCCAGUGCCGUGACCUAGAAAACCAUCACCACGAGAAGCUUCUGGAGAUCUCCAUAAAUACCCUGGAGAAAAUAGUCAAGAGUGAAUUUGAUGAGGACCUGCCAGAUGAUGUCCGAGCGGUUUUUUCUGACAAAGAUACAGUUGUUAAUGCAGUUGGAGCAUCACAUGACAUCCACCUUCUGAAGAUAGACAAUAGAGAAGAUGAAUUAAUAACCAAAGUCACCAGUUGGUGUACAGCUAUAGUAGAUAAGGUUCAUAAUGAUGAACACAACAGGAACCGAAAACGAGUGAAGGAAAUCAAUCAGUAUGUUGACCAUUUGCAGACUGAACUGGACAACUUCGAUUUUGGUGACCUGAUAGAUUAGGAAACUCCCAGUGAGGAAAGUCCUUUGACCACUAUAGAUCAGCAGCUGUAACUUAUGUCACAGAGCCACCUGGAAGGAUGGUGUCAAAGUCAAGUAGAAGGAGGAUUCCUGUGGGACACAUAUUGACUCAGAAAACCAGACAUUAACAUUAUUAUGUUGUACUGCAUUUUCAUUUAUUUUGUUAAAUGUUUCCCAAUUACACUUUAACCUUGUUUUCUGUUUGACACCUCUGGCCUGGAGCACUGAAAGAUUAAGGGCCUUGCCCAGGGUCAAAAAGCCAAUAUGUUAAAAGUGGGACCUGUAUCCAAGUUUUCUGGACUCUGAUCCUGGCUUUCUAUCAACUAUAUACCAUUCUAUCUUUUAUUAAUCCUAAAUAGACUAAGUGUCACUACACAGAAAUUGAAUUUGUGCCUCUCCUUGGUAAACUGUCUUCUAAACUUCAGCUGGAAUAUAUUAGUUGCCAUACAAGUUCUGAAUUAGGGAGGUUUGUUGAAUAAAGUUGUGUUCUAA